CUCCGGCACCCACCCAGCCCUGCACGCUGCCCACCCCUCCUCACACCUUUCUUCCCUCACACCCACAACAAGAAGGGUUCUCUGUGGUGGCCUGGCCGAAUGCGGGGGCUGCUCUCCAGGCGCUCACAACAUGGAAGGGUCCGUCCGACUCCUGGCCUGCUUGGUGUGCAUCCUCCCAAUGGGAUCGCUUGUGAGAACUAAGAGAGAUACCACCGGGAACUUGCCCGACACAGAGGUGCACAGUGCCCCGACGCAGCGCUGGUCCAUGCAGCUGCCGGCCGAGGUGAGCGCGACGGCGGGCGAGGCGGCCGUGCUGCCCUGCACCUUCACGCACCCGCACCGCCACUACGACGGGCCGCUGACGGCCAUCUGGCGCGCGGGCGAGCCGUUCGCGGGCCCGCAGGUGUUCCGCUGCGCGGCGGCGCGGGGCAGCGAGCUGUGCCAGACGGCGCUCAGCCGGCACGGCCGCUUCCGCCUGCUGGGCAACCCGCGCCACAACGACCUCUCGCUGCGCGUGGAGCGCCUCGCCCUGGCCGACGCGGGCCGCUACUUCUGCCGCGUGGAGUUCGCGGGCGACGUCCACGACCGCUACGAGAGCCGCCACGGCGUCCGGCUGCGCGUGACCGCUGCCCCGCGGAUCAUCAACAUCUCGGUGCUGCCGGGGCCCGCGCACGCCUUCCGCGCGCUCUGCACGGCCGAGGGGGAGCCGCCGCCCGCCCUCGCCUGGUCCGGCCCGGCCCUGGGCAACCGCUCCGCCGGCGCGCCGGGCCCGGGCCAGGGCAUUGGCCACCAGGUGACCGCCGAGCUGCCCGCGCUGGCCCAAGACGGGCGCUACACGUGCACGGCCUCCAACAGCCAGGGCCACGCCGAGGCCAGCGUCUACCUGUUCCGAUUCCACGGCGCCUCCAAGGCCUCCACCAUCGCCCUCCUGCUCGGCGCGCUCGGCCUCAAGGCGCUGCUGCUGCUGGGUGCCCUGGCCGCCUGCGCCAGCCGCCGCCGCCUAGAGGAUCCAGUCACCCAGGACACCCCACCACGGUCUCAGGCUCAGGAGUCCAAUUAUGAGAAUUUGAACCAGAGGAGCCCGCGGAGUCCACCCGCAGCCACGUGUCCACCGCGGGGAGCCCCUCAGACACAGGCAUCUGCUUGUGCACCAUGAGCUGCAAAGGCCGGCGUGAGGCUUGGCUGGGGCAGCCCUUCCUGGCUCUCAGGCACCUUGGCACCUCCUGUGUGUCAAGACCCCACACAGGGGCUCCGUGGUCUCCGACAUGGACAUGUGUCUCAGAGCCCCAGUAAUAUGUCAGUGGGGCCAACCUUUUUGAAAGAGUGUGUAUAUGCCUGUGCAUGUGUGAGCUCCAUGUGAAAUUUCUGGAAAAGCCCUUCUCUUACCUAGAACACCACAGUAGAGCAGGCAGGACACUGGCCAUAGGGGCCGAGGCCCAGACUCCAUCCUGACUGCCACUCCCUUGCUGUGUGGACCAGGCACUUGUGUCUACUGUUUAACGUGGACAAUAAUAUUUUCCCCUCCUGGCUGGGAGGACUGUCAAGGUCUGAGGAUGUGGAGGGACUUGGGGAAGUGCCAAGCUGUCCACAUAUGUGAGCUCGACCUUGGGACUUGCACAGUUUGUUCUCGGACAAGUGCGGCCUCGCUGAGAAUUCAAGUUCCAAAGAAGAAGUGUGAGCCCUGGGCAGUGGGGCUGGGGCUGUGCCAAGCAGGAUCCAAGGAAGAGCGAAUCAGCAGUGAGGGGGAGCCUAGUGCCACUGCCCCCUGGUCUCCUCUGAGAGUGCCCUAUCCUCUUUGCCCCCCACUUACCCCAUCAGCUGCUCUGCACUGCCUGGAGCUGGGACUCCUGGGAAAAGGAAACGAAUACCCAUCCUCUCAGAGCAUCUGGAAUCCACUGUCCUCAGGCUGGGAAACCUCACAGGGACUGGGCUGCAGGACCCUGGGGAUAAAGCAGCUGCAGCUCUGACCUCUCUGCGACCUGCAUCCUCCCAGAAGGCACCAGCAGUUUCAACCUGUUUGCCAAGCUGACUUGCAGGGUUCAGCCUUCCACAUUCACACAUCUGUGUGAACUUGUUGAUCACUUCCUUAGGGUCAGGCAGAGGGGAGGAGGUGGACUUGGGACCUGGGUGAGCUGGCAAGAGGAGAGGGUCACGAAGAUUCCCCCCACAGGGGACUGAAGAGGCAAAGGGAACAAACUUUCGUUCCUUUGGGACUUUUCCAAAUGCUCAAAUGGUGACCCAGAGCAAGCACAGGUCCUCUCUCAUGCUUCCCCCAGGAGAUGGCAUGAAGGCUGAGGGAUUUUACAAGUUAAUAAUCAGGGCAGUGGUAUGCGAUCCCUCCUCCCCUAGAGCCUUCGCCAGGGCAAGUGGGUGAGAGAGGCUCAUGGAUAACUGGGAUCCGUCCAAGAGCCUGUCCGAGCUGUUAAAGGGUCAGAGGAGUUGGCAUUUGUACCUUCCUGAAUGGGGAUGCUUUGGGGCACCUCUAGGGAGAGUCCUGUAUCACCAGGGAAGAAAUGAAGGGCACAGGAUGCUGGUCUUGGAACCUCUGACUGGUCUUUGAGGCCAGUUUCACAGCCAAGAACAAUAGUGAUAGGAAUUAUUUCUUAUGUGUCUGUUUUGUGCUAGGAGUUGUUUGGGGGAUACAAAAAUGAGUAAGGUAUGCGUGUGUAUCUGUCAGGCUGUGGUAACAAACAAACCCCCAAAUCACAACGGCUGAAAAUAGUUAGGGUUUAUUCUCACCAAAGCUACAUGCCCAUCACAGAUUGUCAGUAGUGGUGGGGGUUGCUCAUUGUUCUUACUUAGGGAUCCACCAUCUCUAAUGUAGUGGGUUUCUGGGUUGGAGGUAAAAAGAAAGCUCUAGAGCAAGCAUGUCAAACUCGCGGGCUGUGGGUUGCAUGCAUUAUUUAUUUGGCCUGUGUUAGCCUUUGAGUUUGACAUGUUUGCUCGAGAGAGUCUCCCAUUUGGCAUAAAUAAUUACAUGUCCCACUCACUCUCAAGGGGCUGGGCAGUGCACUGGGGACAGCCCUGAGGACUCCACAGUGAAUGGGAAAUUAUUAAGGGCAACACUAUGCGGGGGGUGCUGUGGGAGCCACAAAAUAGGAUGACUGGCCCAAUCGUGAGGAUUCCUAGAGGGGGGAUGUGGAGAGAGUACACAUUAGCCAUGAAGAUGGGGGAGAAUGAAGGUUGGGAGGUAGGAAAAGAAGGGCACUCUAGCAGAGGGGACAGUCUGUGCAGAGGCCAGCAGGUUAGGCACAGCAUGAUGUUUAAACAAUUGAAAGUUCUAUUCAAUUAUUUAUGUGGGGGUUAGGGUUGCUCAUUGUUCUUACAACCAACUUGACAAAAAUGAGCCAUGUCCAGCUUGUGUACAUUAAAUUUGAGUCUAGUUUAUUUGCAGGUAACCAAUUCUCAUUUUUUCCUGUUUUUCAUCAAUAUAUAUAUAUAUAUAUAUAUAUAUAUAUAUAUAUAUA